AUGUAUCCCAAUUCAAAUCUGGAUGAAGUGAAUUGCCAGGCGAAGGCAAAUUUCCAAGCUAAUGAGACAGGGCUCGCCAGGGACAGUUUUAAAUGCCACAGCGCCCAAUUAGUGCCUCGAAUUUCUGAGUUGGCCGUCUACGUGAUCGGUCGCCUCCGAUCUGGGCCUCUGCACUCUAAAAAGAGGCGGUAUAAAAAACCCUGUCAUACCUUUUGUUGCUCUUCGGUUUCUUAUCACAACCCCACCACUUCCUCUCUCCACUUCCUCCCACCCCGCUACCAGUUUUUUUUUUCGUACCUCUACCCUUUGCUAUACAAACAUCCUAUAUCUACAACAGAAAUGGCUCUCUCACAGCUCCUUUUACCUUCCCUCACUGUCGUUCUGACUUCGAGUAGCGGCUCGACUGUUCUCAGAGAUUACCAACAAGCACAGAGCCGCGAGAUUCAAAUCCCUCUUUUUAGCCCACGCGACGACGGUCUCAUGGACACCAUUGACGUGCGAACACCGACGGGCUAUAUCGUCUACAAGUGCGAGUAUUCACACGAGCAAGACACUGCGACCCUUUUUGAAGAGAAGGCGGAUACGAAGCGAUCCUUUUGGCGCCGGUUGAUGAUGUUCUGCAAAAUCAAGGGCUUGGGACGCAAAUAA